AGAAGAAGAAAGAGAGUGUAGAGAGAGACUCGAAAAUCAAAUCGGAAGCAGAGAGGAGGAGAAAUGAGCGGAGUUUCAACGGCGGCGUAUUUCGCGCGGAGAGCGGCGCAGAAGGAGAGGGUUCGUAUCCUCUAUCGACGCGCUCUUAAGGAUACUCUCAAUUGGGCUGUUCAUCGCCACAUUUUCUACAGAGACGCUUCUGAUCUGCGGGAGAAGUUCAACGCUAACCAAGAUGUGGAGGAUGUUGACAGAAUCGAUAAACUGAUUGCUCAUGGUGAAGCAGAGUACGACAAAUGGCGGCACCCUGAUCCUUAUAUCGUUCCAUGGGCUCCUGGUGGCUCAAAGUUCUGUAGAAACCCCACUCCACCUGCUGGGAUUGAAAUUGUGUACAACUAUGGACAAGAAGACAACCCAUAAACCUUCUUUUAACAUGUUUUCUCAGACCCAUCAAUAAAAUUGAAGCAUCCGGUGGCUAUGGUUCAGAAAAUAAAUUGUAUUUUCAAAGAUGUUUCGUUUUAGUGAGACACUCUUGUUUUACAAUGGUUUAUUUUUCUUCAUCAAAAAUAUUUUUUUCCGGCUGAGCUGCCAUCAUGAAUCAUAUGGGUGUUCCAUGAAAAUUUAUAAGUAAACAAAAGUGUGUUCUGUUUUAUUUGGGCUGUAAUGGGCCUACUGGCUCAUAAAUUGUUUGUUCUUUUGUCUCUUGUUUUGGCAAUCAACUUGUCAUCCUUCACAGUCCAAAAACGCAGCGUAUCAAUACACUCCAA